AUGACUAUUGUUUUGCGAUAUGUUGAUAAUCUUGGCUUUGUGAAGGAAAUAUUCAUUGGAGUUGUGCAUGUGAAGGAUACAUCAUCUUUGACACUCAAAAACGCCUUAAAGGAAGUACUUACAAGUAAUAAGUUGAGUUUUAGUCAGAUAAGAGGACAAGAUUAUGAUGGGGCUAGCAAUAUGCGAGAGAAAUUCAAUGGUUUGAAAGUUUUGAUAUUACAAGAGAAUGACACAAUUUUUUAUGUACAUUGCUUUGCACACCAACUUCAAUUAGUGGUUGUAGCUGUAGCAAAGAAGCAUGAUAAUGUUAGUGACUUUUUUGAGCAAAUUUCGUUGGUGGUUAAUGUUGUUUGUGCCUUGUGUAAAAGAAAAGACUUGCUACAGGAACAAGCAAGACAAAGGGUGCAAAAAGGCUUGUGUAGUGGUGAACUUGAAACGGGAAGAGGGUUAAAUCAAGAGACUACACUUGUUCGGGCGGGGGAUACAAGAUGGGGUUCACAUUUCAACACACUCACAAGUCUUAUGAAGUUGUUUGCAGAUAUUCUUGUGGUUUUAGAAUUUGUGAAAGUGGAUGGAGGGUCAUUGGCAAACGCCAACAAGCGUUAG